GCCGGUAAAAGACAGUUUGGUAUAGAGAAAACCAAUCUUUCUCUUCACCUAUAUUCCGGACUAAUGGCUCCUUCCAUUUCUACACUCCACGGCGCCGUCUAGUCACCAUCGAUUGGAAAUCAUCUCACUCAUUCUCAACCUUCACUUAUGACUCUCUUCAAUAAGAAGGCCAAUUGUGAUGAUCACAUUGAUCGAAUCAGUGACUUGCCAAGUAAUGUCAUUGAUGGCAUCCUAGAACACUUGAACAUUCGAGACCUAGUUAGGACCAGUAUUCUGUCUAGGAAGUGGAGGUAUAUGUGGAUUUCAUUCCCACGACUUAAGUUUGACAAAGAGUUUUUCGACUUGUAUGACGCCGAGGAUUUUGAGGACCAUGGCCCUGAGGUUUCUAGAAUUAUCACGGAAAUUCUUUUCAUCCACAAUGGGCCGAUAUAUAAGUUUGCACUUUCCAUCCCUUGUGGCUUCAACAUCACAGUUGGAUACCUCAUUAAGUGGAUUCUAUUUUUGUCAAGAAACGGUGUUAAGCAAAUUCAGCUUGAGAGUAAAUCUCGAAACUAUCGAAUGCCAUCUUAUCUCUUCUUUUGUCAAGAGUUGACCCAUGUUCGAAUUUGCAAUUUUAACUUGUCAGUUCCGCCUAAUUUUGGUGGCUUUAAAAGUUUGCUGCACCUUCACUUAGAAAAUAUUACAUUUGGGAUUGGUGCACUUGAGUGUAUUGUUUCUGGGUCCUCAUUACUUGAAGAACUCUGGAUUGUAGGAUGUUCUGGUUAUGAAUCUGUUGAUUUAAUUGCUCCUACUCUCAAGGUCUUCCGCAUAGAAUAUGGUCAUGUCAUCAAGUUAAUUUGUUUGGAAAAAGCAAAGAAUCUAAUUGAUUUUACGCUCAUACUUUACAAGGAUGGAGUUUUUGGUUCGAAUAAAAUUUUGCCAGAAAUUCAAAGGCUUACCAUGGGAUUAAGUUCCAAGAUGUUGUAUGCAGAUAUCAUUCAUCCAUCACAGCUGAUAAGCUUAAAGUAUCUCAAAUUAAAUGGGGUGAAUUUGGAUGAAAGAGGUGAACUGUUGUAUAUUGUCAGUGUACUAAAAAAUGCUUCUAACAUGGUGGAAUUUGUUUUAGAGACUGAUUUCGACCAAUAUUCUAAGACACAGUUGCCGGAUCGUGGGGAAGAGUUAGAGUGCAGUAACGGUUGCCUAAGUCAACUUUUGUCUGUGAAUAUCAAACUUCGUACCAACUUUAAACAUGCAAUGAGUUUGAUACGAUUCAUACUUGCAAAUUCAUCGUCGUUAAAGACUCUUACUCUAGACCUUCAUCUCGGGUAUAACAAAUCAGAUUUGCCUAUAUUGUUUAGCAUAUCACGAGACUUAUUAUGGAUGGAUAGAGCAUCACCAAGAGCACACAUUGACUUCACUCACCGAUAUUCAGAGUAUCCGUAUGGAUGACCCAGUUCUGUUCAAGACAUACAUUGAUAAAGAUUUGAACAUAGAGUUCAGAAGUUCCCUAAUGUGGGGACUUGGGACGAAUUUUAAUUUCUUGUUUUUUGAGUUUAUUAUGUUUUUAUAAGAUGACAUAUAAAUACUAGCUAUCAUGUUGAAUAGUUUAUUAACUGUACUAGUUUUUUUUA